CAUCUCCCUCAGUCUCCAAGCUCUCUCUCUCUCUCUCUGCGAAACUCACGAGCAGAAAAGAUGAUAAAGAGACGAUUUUACAAGCUAGAGCAUGGUGACAAAGACAGUGGAUCCGACUCCUCUUGCUUCUCUUCUGAUUCCGAUCCUGAGUCUGAAGAAGAAGAAGAAGAAUCAGAGCAAUCCGAAUCCGAAGACUCCGUUGCAGAAGCUUCCGAAGACGAUGAUGAUUCCGUCUCAGAGGGUGAAGGAGAAGAUGACUCCCCAGCUGCUGGUGAGGAUGCUGAUGACUCUGAUGGUGGUGCCUAUCGAGGGAGACAUGAGAAGACAUCGAUGCAAUACGGUUUAGAAGAACCACCGGAAGAGGAGGAAGAGAACUAUAUUCUAGGUUUUAUGAUUAAAUGCAAAUCUGUUUAUAAAUGCAGAUAUUGUCCAAACACUGUUUGUUUGAAUGAGAAAACUAUGCAAGAACAUGUUUCCUCCAAGAAGCAUGCUCGUUCUGAGAAACUAAUGAAAGAAGAGAAGUUCGGAACUGAUGAUGAUGAAGAUGUUGAUGAUCCUGAGAAGCCAUCUCAGGAGAAGCAGAUAAAAGGGAACAGGAGAUCACAAAGAAAGGGUAAGAGAUCACAAAAGCAAGGAAACCUCAGAACAGAUGAUGACAAAGUUGAUGAUCCUAAAACGCCAUCUCAGGAGAAGCAGGUUAAAGGAAACAGAAAAUCAAGAAGACAAGGUAUGAUGGUGUCACAAAAACAGGAAAAGGGUUCAUCGACCACAAACGGAGUGAAGGCAACUGAUAAGACGCUAAAAUCUAGAAAGAAAAUGCGUCAAACUAAGGACUGAGACCAGUUAUCUCCAGCAAUAUGAAAGGCCCGAAAGGUUCAUCUUUUUCACUUGGAAAUCGAUGGACAAUGAAGAAAACAUAAGACAGUGUACGUUAUGUGUCAGAUUAUGUGUUAUUUAACUGAUAUAUAAUUCUGAACAAUUGAGAUUUGAGUUAUACAGUUGUGUGUUCUGUUUUGUCGUCAAUUAUUGAGUUUGGGUUUCUUGCUUCA